AUAUAUAUUCCUUCUCACCCUCUUCUUCAAACAGUUUUAAGAGUUCCCCCCUCACGCAAACCAAAAAGGAAAGAGAAAAAAAAAAACCUGAACUCACGAGAAAACAAAAGAAUAGAGAAGAAUUUUGAAGAGGCUUGUAUUGUUAAUUUGCGAUGCAAUUCUCUGAGAAAAUCCAACCCCAGAAGAUGGGGUUUCGCGAGUACAUCGAAGCAUUGGAGGACGAGAGAAGAAAAAUCCAAGUCUUCCACAGAGAGCUUCCCCUGUCCUUAGAACUUGUCGCGCAAGCAAUUGAAGCCUGUAGGCAGCAGUUAUCUGGAACAACGACAGAGUACAAUUUGAAUGGCCAAUCGGAGUGUUCGGAGCAGACAUCAACGGACGAUCCUGUUUUUGAGGAGUUCAUUCCAAUCAAGAAAAGGGCUUCACCUGAUUGCGAUGAAGAAGAUGAUGAAGAAUAUUAUGAUGAUGGUGAAGAGCAACAUUCUCAUAGAAACAAGAUUCAAAAGGAGGAUAGUACCAACAACAAUAAUAAUAACAGCAGCUGCAGCACUGAUAAGAAAAAAUCUGACUGGCUCAGAUCUGUUCAAUUGUGGAACCCUGAUCCCCAACCACCUAAAGAGGAUGUGCCUAGAAAAGCGUCUGUUGUGGAAGUGAAGAGAAGCAUUGGUGGUGCUUUUCAGCCAUUUCACAGAGAGGAGAGCACUGUUGGAAAGGUUAAUGCAUCAUCAUCAUCAUUGCCAACUGCCAAAACGCCUUCUUCUCCGCCGGUGCCAGCAACAAGUUCCACAGGACCUGUAUCGACCGGAGGCAAUGCUGGAAGCGGCGGUAAAAGAGAGGAGAAAGGACAGGGUCAGAGGAAGCAGCGGCGGUGCUGGUCACAGGAACUACACAAACGGUUCCUUCAUGCCCUUCAGCAGCUUGGAGGUGCAGAUUCUGCCACCCCAAAACAGAUAAGGGAGCUAAUGAAGGUUGAUGGCCUUACAAAUGAUGAAGUCAAAAGUCACUUACAGAAAUUUCGUCUCCACACAAGAAGGCCAACCACUAUGAUUCCAAACAGUGCAAACUCCCAAACUGCUCCGUUGUUUCUUGUUGGCAACAUUUUUGUUCAGCCACAAGAAUAUGCUGCUGCUACUGCUGCCAUAGCUACCUCAACAGUGUCAUCAGGGGAAUUAACCACGGUUACAACUGCACCACAUGCUGCUAUUUAUGCACCUGUGGCCACACAUCCAACUACCAUUGUUCCCCGCACACAAACUCAUCCUUCAAUGAAGAAGUCACCAAAAUGCAACAAGUUAGAAGAUGUUUCAGAUCAUUCACAUUCAGAAGAAAGGGCUAAUCACGGUGAAGGAAAUUCUCCUGCCUCAUCAUCAUCCACACAUGGCACCACUUCACCUGGCUGUUGAUUUUGAAGAUGUGUGUAGAGAGGGAAAAAAUGAAAAAUAAAAACACAAGUUUUGUUACCAAGUUCUUGUAGAAAGUCCUCUAUCCCUCAGUAUUUUUAUUUUUUUGGUUGUCCGAGAUUUAAUUAUAGAAGAGAAAUACAUAGAAAGUGACAAUUUUGAUCUAUAAAUAAGGCACCCAAUUUUAGUUGGAUA